AUGUGGUUAUUCCGGGUUUUUUCGUCUGCGAUCUUUCUUCUUUCUAUUAUCCUCAGUAUACCCAUUGCUUUUGAUGUUGGCGGACGAGAGUGUGGACUUGCCUUUUCGCUGAGCCUGUUCUACUUUUAUUUCUUCUACUCGACACUGAAAUUAGCAACACCAGACAAGUCAAGGAUACGAUGGGCGUUAGUGAAGAUCAUCGGUCUGGCACAAUGGGUGCUCAUCCCAGGUCUGCUCAUCUGGAGCAUGAACCGGUUCGCCGUCGAUGCGAACAAUAGCGGAGAUUGGGUUGCAAGAACCUUCGAUGUGAAGAGAUCGCACGAUUCGAGCGUCAAGGAGUGGAUAUUUGGGGCUGGCGGACUUCUGGAGAUGUUGACAGUUGGAACGUGGGACAAGCUACUGAGAUAUUCGACCCCAUUCUUCCAGUUGGCGGAGGGAUUCUGCAGUUUGCUGGUGAUACAAGCUGCUGGGCAAAUCACCAGAUGGCUUGUCAACCGUGGGCGAAGUGAUUUGUGGAUGAUCGGGUUGCUUAUCGUUUCUGGCUCAAUCAUCUCAAGCUCUGUUUACUUCCUCUGGCGCAUAAUGAACUUCCCCGAGAUUGGCAACGUGGAUGCUACCCUUAUCGGGGUUACAAUCACUUGUGCAGUAUUCCUAUGUGCGUGGGGCAUCGGAAGCGGACGGGGAAAUCCAGUGGAGAGCUCGUUACUCUUUGCAUAUGUGGUGCUCUGUAUCUAUCAGAUCUUCACCGACUAUCUGCCAACAUCAGAGCCCCCGCCCCCACCAGCUCAGCCCGACUUUCCUCCGUUCCCUCCGAUCAUCAUGGCCUCAUACAGCACGAUUCUAUACAUUUUAUCCACACUACCUUCAGCGGUCCUUUCAGGAUUUACGUUCCUCUAUGCGGCUUUCCAGACUAUCACCCCUUCAGUCAUCAUCUCAUUGGCCUAUCGGAUCUUUGUCUUCUAUGCAGCUACUAGAAUCAUUCCUGCCGUAAGGGAAUCUGGAUCCAGAGCCCUGUCCCAGGAGCCUAGUCUGGAAGACAGCGAUGGAGCUGGAAAGAUUCUUGGCCUUCUUAGCUGGUUCAGUCCUAGCAUACUAGUAGCCGUAUACACGAGUUUGCUUAUGCAGCACUUCUCGACAACGUCCGCCGAGGGCAACCAGGCUGAGUGGUGGACGAUGCAAGGAGGUGACGCUGGAGGGAAUAUCUGGCGAUGGAUCAACGUGGCAGCGACAAUGGCACUCUAUUCAUUGGAGCUCUAUCUCGGAAAGGAAGACUGGGUAGACGAUUCUCUCACGAGCCACUGGAAGACGGAUUGA